GUCCUCGUCGAGCCCCUUUCCUUUGAGAGACAACGCUGCGGGGGUGUUGCUGUUUCUACUCCCAUCGCGACGGCUGUCCGGAGGGUCUUCUCCACCGCUUCAAUGUCCCCCUCCCUUCGUCUCUUCAUUCUCUUCUAGGUCUGCUGUCCCGCAUUGUAUCUCUGUUUUUUCUCCCAGGGUUUUGUUGCUCUGGCUGUUCUUUUCUUCACUGUAGUGGAUGAAGUGAUCCUCGUGCUUAGGUUUUCAGGUGUUUGUAUAUUUUUGUUUUUGUUUGUUUUGAUUUUUCAGAAUAUAUAUUUUUUUGUAGGAUUAUUUAGUUGGUGAGGGGUUUGAGGAGCCAUGGCACAUCUCGGAGGAGGCGCGGAAGCGCACGCGCGGUUCAAGCAGUAUGAGUACAGGGCUAAUUCGAGUUUGGUGUUGACGACGGAUACUCGGCCUCGGGACACGCACGAGCCAACUGGAGAGCCGGAGAGUUUAUAUGGCAGGAUUGAUCCGAGGUCGUUUGGGGAUCGAGUGUAUCAUGGUCGUGCUAAUGAUUUGGAGGAGAAGCUGACGAAGCAUAGGCGGAAGAGGGAAGUGAAAGAGAAGGAGAAGGGGAGUAAUGCGGAAGGACUGAAGAAGGCGAGGAAGCGGUUGCGUGGGAUGCAAGAGGAGAGCGUUCUGUCCAUUGUGGACGAUGGGAUGUAUCGGCCGAAAACGAAGGAGACGAGGGCUGCGUAUGAGGCUUUGUUGAGUACAAUUCAGCAGCAGUUUGGGGAUCAGCCGCAGGAUAUUUUGCGAGGGGCGGCAGAUGAAGUGCUUGGGGUAUUGAAGAAUGAUAGGUUCAGGGAUCUGGAUAAAAAGAAGGAAAUUGAAAAGUUGUUGAACUCUAUGUCGAAUGAGCGGUUCGCUCAGCUGGUUGCUAUCGGCAAACUUAUUAGUGAUUACUCGGAGGGAGGGGAUGCUGGAGCGGAAGGGGCAGGAGAAGCUCUGGACGAUGAUAUCGGAGUAGCUGUAGAAUUCGAGGAGGAAGAAGAAGAGGAUGAGAGCGACUAUGACGAGGUGCAAGAAGAGAGUGAUGGUGAAGAGGGAGAUGGUCAGGAUACCCGUCAAGCAUCGGCUAUGCAAAUGGGCGGGCAGGAUGACGAGGAUAUGGAAGAAGCGGAUGAAGGGUUAAAUGUGCAAGACAUAGAUGCUUACUGGCUGCAGAGGAAAAUCUCGCAGGCACAUGGGGACAUCGAUCCCCAGCAAAGCCAGAAACUUGCGGAGGAUGUUUUGAGCAAAUUGGCAGAGGGAGAUGACCGCGAAGUAGAAAAUCGUUUGGUUAUACUUCUGGACUAUGACAAAUUUGAUUUGAUCAAGCUCUUGCUUCGAAAUCGUCUCAAAGUCGUUUGGUGUACUCGACUUGCGAGAGCAGAGGAUGAAGAUGCAAGGAAAAAGAUAGAGGAAGAGAUGAGCAACGGAGGUCCCGUUUUGGCAGGUAUACUUGAGCAGCUGCAUGCUACCAGGGCAACUGCGAAGGAACGUCAGAAGAAUUUAGAACGUAGCAUCAGAGAGGAGGCCAAGAAGUUGAGGGACGAUGGCGGUGAAGCUGCAGACAGAGGUCGAAGGAAGGACAGAGAAGUCGGUGUCGGUGGAGGCGAGAGUGGAUGGCUCAAGGGGCAGCGGCAAUUACUAGACCUAGAGCAGCUGACAUUCCACCAAGGAGGGUUAUUGAUGGCAAACAAGAGGUGCGAGCUACCUCCCCUGUCCUAUCGAACCCCUAAGAAGGGGUAUGAAGAAGUGCACGUUCCUCAUUUGAAACCAAAACCGUUUGCGGAGGGGGAAGAGCUCGUGAAAAUCAGUGAUAUGCCUGAUUGGGCCCAACCAGCGUUCAAAGGCAUGAAGUCCUUGAAUAGAGUUCAGAGCAAAGUCUACGAAACUGCCCUAUUUACGUCUGAGAAUCUUCUUUUGUGUGCUCCGACUGGUGCUGGGAAGACCAAUGUGGCUAUGCUCACCAUUUUACACGAACUUGGUUUGAGAAAGCAGCUAGAUGGCACUUUUGACCUCAGUUCAUUCAAAAUUGUGUAUGUAGCACCUAUGAAGGCUCUUGUCGCGGAGAUGGUGGGUAAUUUCUCCGAGCGCUUAGAGCCAUAUGGAGUUACCGUGAGGGAACUGACUGGAGAUGCCACUCUCUCGCGAGGGCAAAUCGAGGAAACUCAGAUUAUCGUCACUACACCUGAGAAGUGGGAUAUCAUUACGAGGAAGUCCGGGGACCGGACUUAUACUCAGAUGGUAAAGCUUCUGAUUAUUGAUGAGAUCCAUCUUCUGCAUGACAAUCGUGGUCCUGUGCUUGAGAGCAUAGUAGCUCGAACGGUGAGGCAGAUUGAAACCACCCAAGAGAUGAUUCGAUUGGUGGGAUUAUCAGCCACGCUGCCAAAUUACGAGGAUGUGGCGUUGUUUCUGAAAGUGGACGAAAAGAAAGGAUUGUUUUAUUUUGACAACAGCUAUCGGCCGUGUCCCCUGGCGCAACAGUACAUCGGAGUCACGGUUCGGAAGCCUCUACAACGGUUCCAGCUGAUGAACGAUAUCUGUUAUGAGAAAGUAAUGGAGGUAGCUGGAAAACACCAGGUUCUGAUAUUCGUUCAUUCCAGGAAGGAAACAGCGAAGACAGCUCGUGCAAUAAGAGAUGCUGCUUUGGCGAACGAUACGCUGGGACGAUUCUUGAAGGAAGACGGUGCUAGUCGGGAAAUUCUUCAGAAGGAAAAUGAUGUGGUAAAGAACAAUGAUUUGAAGAAUCUACUCCCUUAUGGUUUCGCUAUUCAUCAUGCAGGUAUGGGCAGGGCCGAUCGGACGCUAGUGGAGGAUCUAUUUGGGGAUGGCCACAUACAGGUGUUGGUCUCUACCGCCACCCUUGCCUGGGGCGUCAAUCUCCCGGCACAUACCGUGAUUAUAAAGGGAACUCAGAUUUACAAUCCUGAAAAAGGUGCCUGGACCGAGCUAAGUCCGCUGGAUGUAAUGCAAAUGUUGGGGAGAGCUGGUCGGCCACAAUUUGACACUUACGGGGAGGGUAUUAUUAUUACUGGACACAGUGAGCUUCAGUACUAUCUAUCAUUGAUGAACCAACAGCUUCCUAUCGAGAGUCAGUACAUAUCGAAACUGGCGGACAAUCUCAACGCAGAGAUUGUGUUAGGCAGUGUGCAGGAUGCACGUGAGGCUUGUGACUGGCUAGGAUACACCUACUUAUACAUUCGAAUGCUGAAGAAUCCAACCCUUUACGGGGUGAGUCGUGAGGCUCUUGAGGCUGACCCUUCAUUGGAAGAGCGACGAGCAGACCUUGUGCACUCUGCAGCAAUUGUAUUGGAUAGGAAUAACUUAGUGAAGUACGACAGGAAGAGCGGAUACUUUCAGGUCACUGAUCUUGGACGUAUUGCUAGUUAUUACUACAUCUCACAUGGUUCUAUGGCUACUUAUAACGAGCACUUAAAGCCAACAAUGGGGGACAUUGAAUUGUGCCGCCUAUUCUCGCUUUCCGAAGAAUUUAAAUUCGUCACUGUUCGGGAGGAGGAAAAAAUGGAGCUUGCGAAGCUGUUGGAUCGGGUGCCUAUUCCAGUGAAAGAGAGUUUGGAGGAGCCCAGCGCAAAGAUCAAUGUGCUGCUACAAGCAUAUAUCUCACAGCUGAAAUUGGAAGGCUUGUCUCUAACAUCGGACAUGGUUUUUAUUACCCAGAGUGCCGGACGGUUGAUGAGAGCUCUUUUUGAGAUAGUGUUAAAGCGCGGUUGGGCACAACUAGCUGAGAAAGCUCUCACUCUCUGCAAGAUGGUGAGUAGGCGAAUGUGGAGCAGUCAAACUCCGCUUCGCCAAUUUAAGGGAAUUCCAAACGACAUUCUCAGUAAGGUCGAGAAGAAGGACCUACCAUGGGAGCGUUAUUAUGAUUUAUCGUCCCAGGAGAUCGGAGAACUGAUCCGGUAUCCGAAGAUGGGCAAAUCAAUUCACAGGUAUAUCCAUCAGUUUCCCAAACUAGAACUGGCGGCCCAUGUACAGCCUAUCACUCGCUCUGUUCUGAAGGUGGAUCUGACGAUAACCCCUGAUUUUCAGUGGGAUGAAAAGUAUCAUGGUUACGUUGAGUCUUUUUGGGUCAUCGUUGAAGAUAAUGACGGCGAGAAUAUUUUGCAUCAUGAGUAUUUCCUACUAAAGAUGCAGUACGUUGAAGAAGACCACAAUUUGAGCUUCACGGUUCCCAUCUACGAGCCUUUACCGCCUCAGUAUUUUGUGCGAGUUGUGUCGGACCGGUGGUUGGGCUCGGAGACAGUUCUACCCGUUUCUUUCCGGCACCUCAUUUUGCCGGAAAAGUACCCGCCACCCACGGAGCUUCUUGACUUGCAGCCUCUUCCAGUGUCUGCGCUGCGCAAUCCUUCAUACGAGGUGUUGUAUCAGAAGUUUCGGCAUUUCAAUCCUAUACAAACACAGGUGUUCCCUGUUCUUUACAACACGGAUGAUAAUGUGCUGGUGGCAGCUCCAACUGGCAGUGGAAAGACCAUUUGUGCAGAAUUUGCCGUACUGCGUAUGCUGCAGAAGGGGGAGGCUGGUGGGCGUUGUGUGUACAUUGCACCAGUAGAAGCACUUGCUAAGGAACGACUUCGUGAUUGGGAGUCUAAGUUUGGCAGAACGUUAGGAGUGAGAGUGGUGGAGCUCACUGGGGAGACAGCUACAGACAUGAAGCUGUUGGAAAAAGGUCAGAUUAUCAUAAGCACUCCGGAGAGGUGGGAUGUUCUCUCUCGUCGUUGGAAGCAAAGGAAGCAUGUGCAACAGGUGAGUCUGUUCGUGGUCGACGAGUUGCAUCUCAUCGGUGGAGAAGGUGGACCUGUUCUUGAGGUGAUUGUCUCUCGCAUGCGUUACAUUGGUAGCCAAACAGAGAAUCAAAUCCGUAUUGUUGCUCUGUCAACGUCCCUAGCAAAUGCUAAAGAUCUGGGAGAUUGGAUUGGAGCCAGUUCUCAUGGGUUGUUCAACUUCCCUCCUGGUGUUCGCCCAGUUCCUCUAGAAAUACAUAUACAGGGUGUAGACAUUGCGAAUUUCGAAGCUCGUAUGCAAGCUAUGACAAAGCCAACUUAUACUGCAAUAGUUCAUCACGUUAAAAAGCAAGAACCUGCUCUGAUAUUUGUACCUACUCGGAAGCACGCACGUUUAACAGCCCUGGAUUUGGUUACUUAUGCCACUGUGAACGGAAAUGGGAAAUCGCCUUUCUUACACUGUGCUGAGGCAGAUCUUGCUCCCUUCUUGUCGAAGGUGAAGGACGAAGCCCUAAUUCACGCACUGCUCCAGGGUAUUGGUUAUUUGCACGAAGGUUUGUCUGCCAUUGAGCAAGAAGUGGUAACAAGUUUGCUCACUGCGGAGGCCAUACAGGUUUGUGUUGCUACCAGUAGUAUGUGCUGGGGUAUGACUCUGUCAGCUCAUCUGGUGGUUGUAAUGGGAACUCAAUUUUAUGAUGGACGUGAGAACGCUCACACAGACUACCCGAUUACUGAUUUAUUACAAAUGAUGGGACGAGCCAGUCGUCCGCAAGUUGACACAUCCGGGAAGUGUGUGAUUCUUUGUCAUGCUCCCCGGAAGGAGUAUUACAAGAAGUUUCUGUAUGAACCUUUCCCUGUGGAGAGCCAUUUGGAUCACUACCUGCAUGACCAUUUGAAUGCAGAAGUAGUUGUGCGCACAAUCGAAAAUAAGCAGGAUGCUGUGGACUACUUGACGUGGACAUUUAUGUACCGUCGGCUCACGCAGAACCCUAACUACUACAAUCUGCAAGGUGUAAGCCAUCGUCAUUUGUCAGACCAUCUCUCUGAGCUUGUGGAAUCCACAUUAUCAGAUCUGGAAUCUAGCAAAUGCGUUGCGAUAGAAGAUGAUAUGGACCUUUCACCUUUGAAUCUUGGAAUGAUUGCGGCCUACUACUACAUCAGCUAUACUACUAUUGAGCUGUUCAGUUCUUCACUGACGGCUAAGACCAAGCUGAAGGGCCUUCUUGAGAUCCUCUCCAAUGCUUCAGAAUAUACGCGUCUACCCAUGAGGCCUGGAGAAGAUGAGUUAAUCCGGAAGUUGGUCAUGCAUCAACGUUUCUCAAUGGACAAGCCAAAGUUCACUGAUCCUCAUGUAAAGGCAAAUGCUCUUCUGCAAGCUCAUUUUGCGAGGCAUAGCGUGAGUGGUAACCUUGCACUGGAUCAGAGAGAUAUUCUGAUCGAUGCAAGCCGAUUGAUUCAAGCUAUGGUUGAUGUGAUUUCAAGUUCUGGAUGGUUGCAUCCUGCUUUGGCAGCUAUGGAACUUAGUCAGAUGGUAACUCAAGGUUUGUGGGAGCGUGAUUCUUAUCUACUUCAGUUACCAUACUUCACGAAAGACCUGGCAAAGAAGUGCGCAGACAACCCAGACAAACCUAUCCAGACGGUUUUCGAUUUAGUCGAAAUGGAGGAUGAUGAAAGAAGAGAGCUUCUGCAGAUGAGUGAUGCCCAGUUGAUGGAAAUUGCUAGGGUUUGCAAUCGCUUCCCAAAUAUCGAUCUUGCUCACGAGGUUCUAGAUAAUGAUGACAUUUCUCCAGGCGACACUGUCACGCUUCAGGUAACACUUGAAAGAGAGAUGGAAGGAAGGCAAGAAUUAAGUCCUGUGGAUGCUCCCAGAUUUCCGAAACCAAAGGAGGAAGGUUGGUGGCUAGUUGUGUGCGAACCCAAGAGCAAUCAGUUGCUGGCAAUUAAACGUGUCUCUUUACAGCGGAGAUCAAAAGUGAAGCUUGAUUUUACUGCACCAAAUGAAGUGGGAAGGAAGACCUAUACCCUUUUCUUUAUGUGUGAUGCUUAUCUUGGUUGUGACCAAGAAAAUGAGUUCACCAUUGAUGUUAAGGAGGGUGUUGAUGCUGAGGACGAUGGGAAUGCGAUGGAGGAGUAGAAAAUGCGACGUGGCUCUUCAGAUCUGGAAUUCAGGCUCAGGAGUUCUGUUGUGAGCAUUGGAUUACUUGCUCGUGAACGAACGAGACGAUAGGGGAUUUUGCAGCUGUCAGGCCGUUUAUUGAGCGGCAGAUUUAGUCUGGGUUUCUAUUCCAUUGUAACAGUUUUGGCUGUCAUAGUUUAUGUUUCUUGGAAACCUAUACAGCAAGAAAGUAGCCCACUCAAAGAGGUAGACGCAGCUGGUGUUUGAUCUUCAGAUUUGCUGUAAUAUUAGUGCACAUGUAUAGAUCCUUCUGCCGAAAGCUUGUGUCUCAUUUUGAACCUAUGCAAAUAGUAUGAAAUGAACAUUCUGAUUUGCAAUCAACAGCAAUUCCACAUUCUAAUUUACGAGAACACCAUCAAAAACA